UGGCGAGCUUCCCAAAUGUCGACUAAGAACUUCCGUGUCAGCGACGGUGACUGGAUUUGCCCGGACAAAAAGUGUGGAAAUGUUAACUUUGCUAGAAGAACGAGUUGUAACAGAUGUGGCCGAGAAAAAACAACAGAGGCAAAGAUGAUGAAAGCUGGAGGGACUGAGAUAGGAAAGACCCUUGCUGAAAAGAGUCGUGGUCUCUUCAGUGCUAAUGAUUGGCAGUGUAAAACAUGUGGUAACGUUAACUGGGCAAGGAGAUCAGAAUGCAAUAUGUGCAACACUCCAAAAUAUGCCAAGCUUGAGGAAAGGACAGGAUAUGGUGGGGGAUUCAAUGAAAGAGAGAACGUUGAGUAUAUAGAACGUGAAGAAUCUGAUGGGGAAUACGAUGAGUUUGGUCGCAAAAAGAAAAAAUACAGAGGAAAGCCAGUUGGUCCUGCAUCUAUCCUAAAGGAAGUUGAAGAUAAGGAAUCGGAAGGGGAAGAAGAGGAGGAUGAGGAUGGAGAUCUUUCUAAAUAUAAAUUGGAUGAGGAUGAGGAUGAAGAUGAUGCUGAUCUCUCAAAAUAUAAUCUCGAUGCCAGUGAGGAGGAAGAUUCUGCUAAGAAAAAGAAAUCCCAGACUAGACAAAGCCGUUCUAAGUCGCGGUCUUCCCAUUCACAAUCUUCAUCUCGCUCAUCCUCCCAUUCAAGCUCAAGGUCCAGGUCCAGGUCAAGAAGCUCUUCCAGUUCAAGAUCAAGAUCUCGUUCUACUUCCAGAGAACAUUCUAGAUCUCGUGGGUCGAAAUCAAGAUCCAGCUCCAGGUCCGUCAGGGGUUCAUCAACCCCAAGGAAAAGAUCUUACUCAAGCUCUCAUUCAUCCUCUUCCCCUGAGAGAAGCCGAAAGAGAAGUCGAUCUAGAUCUUCAUCUGGUGAUCGCAAAAAAAGGCGAACAGGAUCACGGUCACCUGAAAGGAACCGCAGGUCUUCAUCUGGAUCUUCUCAUUCUGGAUCCCGAACAAGUUCUAAAAAGAAAUAAUGUAUUCAGGUUCUCACUCAUACACAAACCAUCUAGUCCAGUGCAUGAGACAUUUUUUAAGAAGUUGGUGUCUUACUUGGUCAGAAGUGCUAAAUCUGCUAGUAGAGGUGCAUGUUAAUGGAAAACUGCAGCUGUUUUAAUUCAUGAAACAAAAACAAUGGAACAUUUUAAGCCAUAAAUUGACUCAGUAAAGGUGAGUAAUAUGGCUCUGUUUUUCUUUCAGAAAUGUAUGCCUGCUCCAUUUUUUUACUGGAUUUG